AAAUUAAAGUUGGAAUUUGUACAAAAUAUUUAUAUUUUUAAUGAAAUGUUUCCAAAUGAGAAAAACUUUCUCCUGUCUUUAUAUACCGGCUGAGGGGGACACACACACACUGAGCAUGCGCAGUACAGCCUCUGGUCCCGUAUUAUCACAUGACGAGAAGAAAGCUCCGGAUGGCCAGAACAGACUGUACUCUAAAUUUACCUAUGGCAGUGUUAUGAAGCUGACAUGGCAGGCUGAGCUCCUCAGAACCAUGACGUUCCAAGCUCCUCGCAUGUCAGCGUUCACCUUUCAGUCUGCGGUGCACAGCACCCACGUUCUCCAGUGUCUGAACGAACAGAGGCAGCGGGACGUCUUGUGUGAUGUGACGGUGGUGGUGGAAAACAAGAGUUUUCGAGCCCAUUGCUCCGUCUUGGCUUCCUGCAGCGAGUACUUUCACAGCAGGUUUACCAAUGUCACCAGACAGAAUCCCAUCAUCGCCUUGUCUGAUGAGGUAACUGUCGAGGGGUUUGAACCAUUGCUUCAAUUUGCCUACACAUCGAAGUUAAACUUCACCAAAGAAAACAUUCAUGCUAUUCAUAGUGCUGCUGAGUUUUUAGGAUUUCAUAACUUGGAUUCAGCAUGCUUUGAUUUCCUCAUCCCAAAGUUUUCUGAAGGCAAAAAACCCCCACAGGAGGUCAGGCGUAGAGCCUGUUGUCGAAGUCGGGAUCCUAGUGCCAGCUUUGCUUCCAGCGUAGAGAGCAGCCAACCAAAUUCAUUUCAGUCACACAGCUCAGUGCCUUCAAGAGGUGAUGAACGAACAGACUUCCCACCACAGUGUCCUCAGAGCGCACAGGGUCAAACGAACAGCGGGGAAGAACACUUCUGUUUGGAGAACUGUGGGCCACAAAUGGCUCCCUUAUCUCUGGACUUAACGGCAAAUGGUGUGUGCCCCAUGUUGUCUUUGCCAUGCCCAGACUCCAACAAAGCAGAUCAUCCCUCUCAGUUCUGCGAAAGAGACAUUUUAGAGAUAGGAGAUGUGUGUAAUCAAAGUGAGUCGAGUUUGGCAGACUGUGGCUUACCCUGUGAGCUGUCAGCCCCGGGAGAUGUGAAUCUGCCAGAACUCAUUGAGCCAGCAGGCAGCAAUGUUAAACAGACUGUUGAGACUCUUGGUGCUGAAACCAAUUGUAACCCUGGUUCAUGUACACUCAACACAUCAGGGGCAGGAGAUUGCAAUGAGUUAUUAGAGCAGAGUGAGGUUGGCCUCGAACAGAGAAUGACAGGUGAUCUCUCAGACCCUAAACUAACUGCUCUAAUCCACGAUGAGGGAUUUGAGGAGAGGAGCAGCGUGGAGAGAGAAGUGGCUGAACAUCUGGCAAAGGGAUUUUGGCCUGACCUAUGCCCAUCUCAGGCUCAACCAAUCCCCCUGGAUCCCCUGGACCAAAACAAUCUGGCGAAGGCUUCAGACUUUCAUUGGCUGAAACAGCUGGACCUGAGCUCCAGUGUAGGCGAAUGUCCCUUCCUCAAGGACCUUGAGACAGGUGAUGACUCGGGUCCACGCACUGACAGUCUGUCCCAGUCAGAAAAGAGCCCCUACAUGUCUUCCUCAACACUCAACUCUGGGGACGACACAGAUCUGGACACAGAUGGGGAUACUGAAGCCAACAACAAAAGAGCAGCAGAGAUCCAGCUCCCAUUCCCAGUGGAGCAGAUUGCAUCAUUGACCCGGGCUGCAUUCCAGCAGCUUUUAAGACACCAUCACCUGACCCAAGAUCAGCUGGAUUUUGUCCACGACGUCCGCAGAAGAAGUAAAAACCGCGUCGCUGCACAGCGCUGCCGGAAGAGGAAACUAGACAGCAUACAGCAGCUGGAAUGUGAAAUCAAAAAAUUGAAAAGUGAGAAAGAACGCUUGCUGCAGGAGCAAACCGAGCUGGAGCAGAACCUGGAGGAGUCGCGGCAGAGUCUGUGUGGGUUAUGUAAGAGCGUCAGCACUGAGCCUGGCUGUGAUCAGGACCACUUGCAGCUUCUCGCUAAGCUCUCGUCACCAGACUUAUCCAUCUCCCCCCCUAGCCUAGUGGAUAAAGACGAAGAGUCCCAAAUGACUGUUGAAAUGGUAAGUUGUUCUUCGGAGUGUGACCCAAGCAAGCUGCCUGCAGACUUAGUUCAAACUGCUUUGCCACAGGCCGGCACACAGGCAGAGGAGGCUGGUUCUCCACAGAGCUGCCCAGAUCCCGCAUCUCAGCUCAACGCCUGCCUGGACAUAAAGAAUUUAAUGUAAUCUCCUUUUGGGGUAAAUAUGCUUAACCUGUGCAUUUCACUGAAUGAUUUUCUGCCUGAUAUCAGUAUCUUAAAGUGACACAAAGAAAUGUCACAUUUCCUUUGCUGUAUUUCUAACACAGAAUGGAGUUUUCAUCAUUUCUAAAGUGCAACAAUUUUCAGGUAAUUCCCACAUUUUUCCAUUUGUGAAUUAGGAGGACGUUAGGCUUAAAAUUCAGUUUGUUUUUCUCAGGGAAACUCGUAACCUGACUGUGUUUUGAUGGUUAAAAUAAUUCUUGUUGCACACCCAGCCCACUCUUUAUGCACACUUACACUCUAACAAAGGUUGUUCACAGACAUUUCUUUUAUUCAAGGCUUAUUUGUUUGUCAUUAUAAUCUUGACAUAUACUGUAUUAUUAUACUAUGCUGUUCCUUUGAUUAAAUAUGCACAGCACUAACAGAACUUUAUACAAUAGAUUAUGAGGAAUUGUUACAGCUAACAUAAAUUCACAACAGCAUUAUUUGAAUGCCAAUGCAUAGUUUGAAUGAAUAUUUUAGAAAUGGUUCCAGUGUCUGAACGUGUUACAGGGGAACAUAAGAAGUGAUGUUAUGUAAUGCAAAAUGUGCCUUAUGCAGUAGUAUAGCGUUAAAAGAAAGAUACAGGCAAUCUUUGUAUAUUCUUGUCUCAAGCACUGUUGCACAUUAACCCAGAGCCGAUAUCGAUGGCAUUCUCUUAUGUUUAGGUCUGUCUUCAUGUUGAGUAUUUUUUAUUAAAUGCUUUCAUGGAUUACAGAUUUAAAUAAACAGCAUUUUGUUACUA